AUGAAGUUGGCUUUUACCCUGCUUGUGCUCGCACUGGCACCCAGUUCCACAGUCAGUGCGCCACUCCAGCAGCGCUCCCGAGAAUUAUUGAAGAAGUUCUCUUCUCUCGUGGUCUUCGGCGACAGCUACACCGAUAACGGUGUCCGAUCAUACAAGCCGCCAGUUGCAACUGAGUCAGCCAAGAGAAGCACCGGAGGUCGUGUAUGGCCCAGUUACAUACGCCAAUACACUGGUGCAAAUGUCUACGACUAUGCCUGGUCAGGUGCGGUUUGCGAUACUGUCAUCGCAAACGCGGUUCGCAACGGCGUGAAGCAGAACCAAAUCCCUACCUUUCUGGAGGAUAAUGGCUAUGUGAGCAACACAACCGGACAGCCUGCCCUAGUCAACCCGCCAGAUGAAACCGUCUACGCCAUCUGGAUAGGCACCAACGACAUCGGCUACGGAGGCUUUCUCACCGAAGUACAGCCAGCGGGAAUGCCUCUGACGUAUUUGACCGACUGUGUCUACGCCCAGCUUGAUCGGCUAUACGCGACAGGCGCCCGAGUCUUUGUGCUUAUGAACAUGGCGCCAUUAGAUUUGACGCCGUUGUAUGCUCUUCCGCAGAAUGGCGGCUUGGUUAACGCGCAGUAUUGGUCCGCCAAAGCGGCUUAUGACUCCAAUAUCACUCAAUCUAGCGAGAAGAUGCGCCAGUAUGUGACCAUGGUCAAUGCUGUGUACGACUAUCAAACACCGUAUGAUGUCGUCGUCGCGAAUCGAUAUCCGCAUAGCAGAUUUGCUGUUUAUAAUGUGCAUGCCUUGGCUGUGACGCCUUCGCGGCUGACUCAUUCUCAGAUGACUGAUAUGUGGGCAAAUCCCUCGCACUAUUUGAAUGGCACUGCACCGUACAACGUCACAAGCUCUGUCUACCGCUGUGGAAGCCCCUGUGCAUCUAAUGCUGUUCGAGACAGCUACCUGUGGUAUGAUGAUCUUCAUCCAUCGGAGCAGACUGACCGCAUCAUUGCCCGUGAGUUUGUCAACCUGGUCAAGGGCAAAAGUAAAUGGGCAAAAUACUGGAGAAGUUAG